UCUCAUUGCGUUCACUGACUGAAGAAAGAAACAAGAAAAAGCAGAAUCUUUCUUUCAUUUUCUCUAAUGGAAGAAGAAGAAGAAGAAGAAUAUCGUAUUCUGCUUGCUUUUGGUGAUAGGCGAUAUGCUCCAACAGAAGAAUAUCAACAAAUUCGACAAGAACAAUUACCACUUGUCAUGAAUCUUGAUGCUUGGAAAGAUCCAUCUACUUUUCAAGAUUGGCUAUCUUUUGGUUCACGACCAAUCCGGACUGAAACCACCCUUGUUUGUUCUUUUACCACCACUAUUGUAGGCCUUAGAGAUGCAGAAAUCAAUGAUCAUGAAUUGCUUCGAUUUGUACGUUAUCGACAAUGCCCUUAUGAUGAGUAUGCUAUAAAGGUUUUAAAUUCUAGCUCUAGAGAAAUGGGGUACCUUUCUACACCAGUUGCUCAGGUUUUAUCUCCUUUAGUUGAUCUUCGAAAAAUUAAUCUUGAAGGUGAGGUGGCUUUUUCAAAAGUUAGACAUGACAUGUCUAUUCCUUGUGCAGUUAGAAUCCUUGCAAAGGCAGCUGAUGUACAGGGUGUUAGAAAAGAGAUUUUGCCACUCGACUUGCUUUUACAUAAACUACCUCGUGCAAGUUUUGGUUCAUAUGAGGAUUUGGGGCUUAAAGAAAAGAGUAGGAUUGAGAAAUUGGGGACUUUGGAGCCACCAAAGAAGGUGAUUAAAGCUAAACUUCUUGAUCAUCAAAAGGAGGGGCUGUGGUGGUUGGUGAAUAAAGAGAAGUCGGAUGAGUUGCCCCCUUUUUGGGUGGUGAAAGAUGGGUUGUAUCUGAAUGUUUUGACGAGGCAUCAAACGAAUAGGAGACCAGAGCCUUUGCAUGGUGGGGUUUUUGCUGAUGAUUAUGGAUUAGGCAAGACUCUGACCUUGCUUUCUUUGAUUGCUUUUGAUAAGGUUGGCAAUGUUACUGAAGGAACAGGCGAGGAGGACAGGUUAGAGUUUGUUUCUCGUGGUAAGAAUUGGGGAAGGGUGAGUGAAAAGGGUACUGGAGAACAAAAAAUGCAUAGCCUUUUGGAUAGUAAUAUAAAAGAAAGUUCUGUGCGCAUGGCCGGGGAGUCUUCUAGUGCUUUGGUUGCUAAGAAAACACUAGUCGUGUGCCCUUCUGCUGUGUGUUCGACAUGGGAAAACCAACUGCAGGAGCACACUCAAAAAGGUUCACUCAAGCUAUACAAGUAUUAUGGGGAUAACAGGACGAAGGAUGCAGAGGAGCUUAUGAAAUAUGAUAUAGUGUUGACCACAUAUAGUACCUUGGUUGCUGAUGGAUGUGAGCAAAAACGGUACCCUUUGAUGAAGAUCGAGUGGUGGCGAGUUAUUUUGGAUGAGGCUCAUGUGAUUACGAAGAAAGCAAAUGAACAGCAAAGUCGGGAACUUGUUAAAUUGACCGCUAGGAGGAGGUGGGCUGUUACAGGAGCACCCAUCCAGAAUGGAUCGUUUGAUUUAUCUUCUCUGAUGACCUUUUUCCGGUUAGAUCCACUCUCUACAGAGUACUACUGGCAAGAGUUGUUGCAGAAACAUCUUGCUAAUGGAGAUGAGAAAGGGUUCGUCCGACUGCAGGAAUUAAUGGCAACCAUUUCUUUGAGGAGAAUAAAAGACAAGGUUUUAGUUGGAUUGCCAUCUAAAACUAUAGAGACAGUUUCCUUCGAAUUUUCUGGAGAAGAACGUGAACUGUAUAAUCAGAUGGAAGCAGAUUCCAAGAAUGUUGUUGCAUAUUUUAUUGCAGCUUAUAAACUACGCAGCCGCUAUAUAUCUGUGCUUUUUUCAGUUAUUCAACUUCGGCAGUUAUGUAAUGACUCGGCCUUGUGCUCUAUGGAUCUCAGAUCAUUGCUCCCUUCUGACAAUAUUGGAGAUGGAUCCAAACAUCCGGAAUUGCUUCGAAAGAUGAUCGAUGGGCUUCAAGAUGGUGAAGAUAUUGUCUGUACGGUUUGCCUUGAUCCACCAACUGAGGCUACAAUCACAAUCUGUGAGCACAUAUUUUGCAAAAAGUGCAUUUGCCAUCACCUACAACAGAAAGUAACCGAACAAACCUGCCCAAAUUGUCGGCGUCCUAUUUCUUUCCCUGACCUGUUCUCAGCCCCUCCAGAAUCUUCGGAUCCCGAAAACCCUAAAAAACUGUCAAGAACAAUCCCUUCCAAAGUCUCAGCUCUCAUAAAACUCUUGAAGGAAUCUAGGGUUGUAAACUCAAUCAGUAAAUCAGUAGUUUUUUCACUGUUUGAUAAGAUGUUGGCAUUAAUGGAAGAGCCUCUGGAAGAUGCUGGCUUCAAUACAUUGCGGUUGGAUGCAUCAACAGAUGAAAUAAGGCAAGCUGAAAUAAUCAAGAAAUUUAGUUCAGCAGGAGCAGACACGGUUCUGCUUGCCAGUCUCAAGACUUCAGGAACCGGCAUAAACCUCACAGCUGCUUCCAAAGUCUACUUGUUGGAGCCAUGGUGGAACUCAGCGGUUGAGGAACAGGCAAUAAACCGUGUUCAUCAAUACGGACAGCAGGAGAAUGUAAGAAUUGUUAGAUUGAUUGCUCAAAAUAGCAUUGAAGAAAGGAUAUUGGAGAUGCAGGAAAGGAAGAAAGUGGCCAAUGAAGCUUUUGGAAGGCAAGGACGACCAAGUGAACAACAGGAGGCUAGCAUAUUUGAUCUCUGUCGCCUCUUAUUCUGAUGAGUAUACCUUGGUUUUUUUGGAGUGUAUACUUUUUGGACAUAUAGAAAUCCAUCUGUAGUUUGUUUUAGGUGCCAGUGGUUGUUAGUUUCUUUUCUUUGCUUAAUAGUUACAGGUUUGCUAAUGAUUUCAGACUUCGCUCUCUGCUGCAAUUCUUCUUAACCGUUAGUUUGAACUCUC